AUGGCAUUGGCAAACGUUCUCGGCCCUGGCGCGGCUCGCCUGAAGUCACUAUUCAGCCGCUCAUCUCAACAGCUUCAUUCACUGAGUGCCAUUUCCGAGGAAAGCAUCACUCGGUACUGCAAGGGAGGCUACCACGCCGUGAGGAUCGGAGAUCUGUUCGGUUACGAUCAAUACAAGAUCGUCAGCAAGCUUGGAUACGGCGUCUACUCUACCGUCUGGCUGGCAUUCGACCUCGAGUCGAAGCAACACGUUGCGCUCAAAAUCCUCACAGCCGACUCCUUCGGACAAGGAAACAAUACUUUUGAGCUGGAUAUUCUCAGGCACAUAAGGGAUCGGAACACGAUCAACCCCGGCGCGAACCAUGUUCUCGGUCUGCUCGACAACUUCCAGCACCGUGGCCCGAACGGACAUCAUGUCUGCCUUGUGUUCAAAGCCAUGGGCCCAGAUAUACACAUAUCAAAGCAACUCCUGCUUGCCCUAUCGUAUCUACACGAUACAUGUCGAGUCAUCCAUUCCCUUGCAGACAUCAAACCGCAAAACAUCCUCAUCGAGACUUCGGCCAUCAACGAAAUGUUCCAGCACGCGCCGUCUGAGGUAUUCCAGCCACGCGACUCGCCGCUAGACCCGUCCAACGACUUUUACACCGAGUCCGUUCAAGUCUCCUCCGCUGAGGAAGACGUAGCUUGCCCAGCUGAUCUCUCCGUCAGGCUGGCAGAUUUUGGAACCGCGAGCUGGAUCGACAAGCACUUGACAGAGUGGAUCCAGCCCCAGAUGCUGCGAGCGCCGGAGGUGAUACUCGGGGCGGACUGGGACUACAGGGUGGAUAUAUGGAAUCUGGGCUUAAUAAUUUGGGAACUUUCCGAAGGCCGACUUCUCUUCGACGGCACGUGGACCUCGAACGACCUGUACACGCCCGAGGCUCACUUGGCUCAAAUCACCGCCGUCUUUGGCGGUAUACCCAGACGGUUGUUGGAUAGAUCCAAGAAUCGACAUCGGUACUUUGACGCCGACGGCCACCUACUCAAGCCCUCAACCUUCCCGCCGUGCACUCUAGAACAGUUUAGCCAGAAUACCGACCUUUUGGGCUCAGAAAGGGAGGAGUUCUUGAGCUUUAUUGGGUCAAUGGUGAGACCGGAUCCAUGGGACCGCCCCGAUGCCAGCAAGCUGCUUGAAUCGCCGUGGCUAGCGCAGCAGGAUAGAUAA